GGUGUGUUGACUGGGCGAGUGAGGCGCAGGCAGGAGAGAGAGAGGGAGAGUGAUCAGCUGUUAUGUCUUCCUGCGUGGAGGAAAUCUUCCUGUUCCAGAAGAAACUCAACAAGUAUGCCACACUCAACGAGGCGGACAAGGUGCUGUACUACCUUCACAAGCUGAACCACCUCAAUGUCACCGUCAGUCACUUGGAGGAGACUGGUGUGGGGAAAACUGUCAAUGCUCUGCGCCACCAGGGGGGGAAGGUUGGGGAGAAGGCGCGGGGCCUCGUCAACAAAUGGAAGGCAAUGGUGACUGCAGAGGAGGAGGAGGAGGAAGAGGAGGAGGCGGGGGACAAUGAGGAGGAGUUGCAGUCAAGAGCUGAGGUGCCUGUACCAUCUAAAGGUGAACCAGAACCGCUAGAUUAUCAUGAGGAGGAGGAGGAAGAAGAGGAUGAGGAGGAAAACUGCCUGCAGAUUGAGGAAAACAACAACCCCGUGACAGAUGAAUAUGAUGAGCAGGGCAGCGAGGAGGAGGAGCCACAGCCUGCCUCAUCAGUGCCUCACCCUGCCUACAACUACUCACGUGGGGGGAGCUCAGGGUCGGAUGGCGAAGACACAGGUGACUACAACCCAGUGACAUCCAGAAGGGACUACCAGGCACACAUGGAGAUGUCUGUGGCUGAGUACCAUCCCUCAGCCAUGUCCCAGAGCCCCAGGGAUGCCCCCAGCCCUGAGUGGGGUGGCGACUCCCCAGGGGCAGCUAGGGACUGGAAGAACGGGACCAGUAGGAGCCCGGGGAAGAAGAGCAGCAGGGAGGAGAAGGAGCGGGAGAAGGAGAAGCAUCGGAGUAAGGGGAAGGGAAAGCACCGGGAGAGGGACAGCAGUCAUGAGAGUGAGAGAAAGAAGGACAAGCACAGAGACAAGCACAGGGACAAGGAGGAGAGGAAAGAGGAGGCUGAGGAUGAGAGGAGGAGCAAGUCCCACAGAGACAAGCACAGGGACCGAGAGAAGCACCACGGCCGGUCAAGGGAGAGCAAACACCGCAGUGAGGAUGCCAGUGAAGCCAGUGUUGUGAAUGGCUUUAACACUCCCGACCACAAGGAGAGGGGCAGUAAGAGGGAGUCCAGGGAGAGUGAGAGGAGUGUGGAAGAGAGGCCAAAGGAGAGGGUGGAGGAGGGGCAUUACCAAAGUGGUGAAAGUACAAGCAGGGAGAGUGCACACCAGAACAGGCUGCCAGACAGGACCAAACCAGAAAAAGAGAGACACAGGGAGAGUACUAGUAAAAAGGAGAAGCAGAAAAGAGAACACAGAGAAAAAGAUGAGAGUCCAGACAGGCAAAAGAAGGAGAGGAAAAGUAAGCAUCAUGCAGUGGAAGACGAUGGUUGUUCUAACGGUGUAAAUAAAGACAGCAGUAGUGGUGGUGGUGGUAGUAGUAGUAAUAGAGGGGGGGAAAGGACCGCAAAGGAAAGUAAAGGGAAGCAUAAAGACAAUAAGCAUAAGCAUAAAGAAAGCAGCAAGAAGGACAAACACAAGAGAGACUCGUUCAGCAAGCAGGAGGUGGAGGAGCAGGAGAGUUCGGGAGAGAGGAGCAAGAAGGAGAAGAAGAGCAAAAAGCAGACCUCCUCGGAUGCUGGUUUCGGUGCUGUACUGAUGGGUCUGGACUCGCAGGUGAAGAAGAAGAAGAAAAAGAGAAAGAAGGAUGUAGAGAAGGAGAGGGAGAGUGGGUCUGAAGAUGAGCAGCCCUCCACCAGCUCAGGGUACAAGAGGAGUCUGACAAGUAGUGACAGCUUGCCUGACUCAAAGAAGCCAAAACUGUUGUCCACAUCAGCAGACAAGCUGCCCAAACUGCCCGCCCUGGUGGUGCCAGACGAGAAGCCACUGCUGCCAGAGAUCACACCCAACUACAAGCCCCUUCCAAGGCUGCCUGUGAAGGAUGAGCCACCAGAGUCCUGCCUGGCCAAGAUGACAGAGGAGGAGGCGCUAAACUUUGUGUUCCAGUCCAAGUCCAAUAGACGCAGCAAGGUUUACUCUGGGAAGGUGUGUGGACUCUCGUAUGUUCCGUCGCUGUAUGAAACCUGCAUCAGAGUCCUGCAGGAAAAUAUUGAUGCCCUUGAGUACACUGGAGGGAUUCCCUUUGAGAUCCUGCGUCCUGUGCUGGAGCGAGCGUCACCCAAGCAACUGUUGAACCUGGAGGACUUCAACCACUACCUGCUGGAGGACUCUGACGUGUUGUGGAAGGUGCAUUGCAAGAGGGACUUCAAGAAAAUGAAACCUGAUGAAAUGGAGUCGUGGAGAGAGAUGUGGAUCCGGUGUUCUGAGGAGCGGGACAGGAAGCUGAAGAGCCUCACCCACAACCUCACCGAGAAGUUCCUCACCAAAGCCGAACCAAAGCGGACCACUAAGAUAGCCUACGUGGACACGGCUGCCAAGGUUCCCAGGAACGUGGCCAGGGCGCAGGCAAAGUACGGAACGGCGGUGGCCUCAGCAUUAGCAGCCAAGCCGGGCAAGGUUAAUGAGGUGGCGGCACGCAAGACAGCCAUGCAGAACGUUCAGAAAGCAGAAAGAGCUGCCAACCCACGGCCAGUAGCUGCCAAGAAGAAGAAGGUUGCCCCAUUGAUGGCCAAGACCAAGCAGUUCUUCAAGAAAGCUUUCCGCCGCUGAGAGUGUGUUAGUUUCCUUUCAUGGUAUUCUGAAUCAUUAGCUCAAUCGUCACACUCAUCAGGUAUGACUGACGCCCUUCCUCAUCUCUCACUCCUGAUCCUUCAUCCCUCAUCCCUGAUAUUCUCUACUUUUGGCUUUCUCUGGUUCCCUUUCUAUCACUUACUGUUGUCUUUACCCUUCACUCAAAAUUUUAGUUCACGUUUUGUUUUUCUGUCAAAGGCAAGGGUCUCGAUCAUUUUCAUUUUGUAAUUGGUUAUACUUUUGGUGUGUGUGUGUGUGUGUGUGUGUGUGUGUGUGUGUGUGUGUGUGUGUGUGUGUGUGUGUGUGUGUGUGUGUGCAUGCACUUACCUCAUUACAUUUACAUGUCAACAUUAGUUUUGAGUUUCUUGCUAUCCAAUUUCACGCUUUUCAAAUAUAACAUUGAUUCCUAAUUUUUUGCUUCAGUCAAGAUAAUGAUAAUGCAUAUUACAGUUCCCAUCCACUUUUGUUCACCAGAACUUGUUCAUCUCAUGAUAUUUUGCAGCAAAACUUGAAUCGUCAUCUUCUGCUGCUAAGAUAUGCCUUGAAAUUUUUAGUUUCAGAUGUCUUUCACACCUCAUAAGCCACACAAGCCACACAUCAUCAUGUCUUCAGGGUUUGGAGAGGGUUGCCAGCUUGCCUUCUGUACAUAAUGCCACAUCCAUCUCUUCAUUGGUUGGUAAGCCGUGUUUUCUGGUGCGGGACAUGAGUGCCGGCUGUUUGUGGGCCGCGGCUGUGCUCACCAGUGAAUAUUUAUAAGCUUUAUUACUGCUGUCUGUCAGGACAGAUAACAUUAUUUGUAUACCUUUGUUACCGUCACCUGUGUUCGUGAUCCGUUUGUUGCAGAGACUCGGCGUGACAGUCACGCUGAUCCGGUGCUUACGUUUUGCACACUUGUGUUUCUGUCGUGUCUUUGGGAAUUUAAUUUCUCAGGAGCACAGCUUACCUUGAAUUUCCUUUCCAAGAAGUUAAGUUUGUGUGCAUUUUGUUUGCAGAAGUGGAUGGUAAUAAUGUUUAGCACAGCAGGAAGGUUUCUGUUGUGUUGUGUUGUGUUUUGUGUUUGUCACAGUUUAAAAGGGAGCCAGGCAGUCCAGUAGGAAGUACAACAAUCACUUGCACUCUCUGGGCACCUGUUGUCCCUCCCCUGUAGUCAGGCAGACUGCCAGCACUGCCUGGCCCACUGACCAGCUCCUGGCGGUGAGGGUGUCAGCGGCAGGUGUUGGCUGCUGCCUUCCUGUGCCAGUACACAGUGUGCCAAGGUGGAUGGCUACACGUUGCUCACCUCGGCAUGCUGUCAAGUCAACCAGUGUACAAAUGGAACAGAUGACAGCAGACAGCACCUGUGCAGUGGUGGUGUGCAUUGGUGUGUGGCCCUGGCAGCCUGUCAGCUUGUGUACUCACCGCAGUGCCUGAUGCCUGGUGCCUGGUACCCGGUGCCUGGUGCCUUGCAGGGCGCUCCUCACAGGCCCUCCUCCACACUGCCCAUUUUUUAUUUUACUUUUCUAUAAGGAAUUUUGUUUUUUUCAUUUAUUUGAUAUUGUGUCUUAUUUGGUCUAAACAGCUCACUCUCUCCUGCCUAUUUAUGUAACACUGUUAUUUUUACUUAAACAUAAUUUCCUUGUAAUAUGCUCUCUCUCUCUCUCUCUCUCUCUCUCUCUCUCUCUCUCUCUCUCUCUCUCUCUCUCUCUCUCUCUCUCUCUCUCUCUCUCUCUCUCUCUCUCUCUCUCUCUCUCUCUCUCUCUCUCUCUCUCUCUCUCUCUCUCUCUCUCUCUCUCUCUCUCUCUCUCUCUCUCUCUCUCUCUCUCUCUCUCUCUCUCUCUCUCUCUCUCUCUCUCUCUCUCUCUCUCUCAGCAUGUCAAGGGGUCUGUGGUUGGAGUGUAUGGUGUGCUGGUGUGGGGCAAGGAGGGGGUGGAGUGAGCUGCUGCUGUUAUUGUUGUGGAAAGAAUACUCUCCAUAAAUGGACUCUCUUCCUUUGCACUAAAACUCUGGUGUCUUAUUUUGUCUGGAAAUAUAUAAACAAUUGAUCUUUUGAAUUGAUUUAACGGGACACCUUCAGAAUUGGAACAUUAUUUCUGUUAUACUUAAUUUUUUAUUGCAAGACAGGCAAAUUUGUUUUAUCUUUUGAGGGACGAUGUGGGGAACUGAGAAGCCAAAGUGCUUAUUUAUUAUAGAGGCUAAAGAAGGGAAGCAGGCCAUUGUAAGCUGGGAUAAAGUUUUGGAGGUUGUGUGUGUGUGUGUGUGUGUGUGUGUGUGUGUGUGUGUGUGUGUGUGUGUGUGUAAAUAGGAGUUUUUAAUAAAGGGUAAUACAUAAAAAGCCAUUUAAUUGAAGAACUGAAAACUCCAAUUUAAAACAUUUGUUCUUAUUUUGAUUCCCUUUUACUUGUGUAUAUUAAUAAAAUGUCUGUAAGGAAU